CAUCUUCUUUCGGUCUUGUGAGCACGGUGUAGUGCUGUGGACGCAAAUCGAUUGCGCAUCGGUAGCAGGUGGAGUCUCUCAAAACAGAUACACGAAUUAAUUCACUCUCCAAUCGAGAAUUAUAAGCGGGAAGAUCUGCUCGAGAAAUGAUGGACUCAACACAGAUUUCCUACGGACACACCCUCCCGGACCAGGUCGAUCGCAUCUCCAAUCACUGCGCCGCUCAGCUCGACCUUCUCAGUGACAUUCGUGACCUGUAUCGAGAACGAGCAAUAAUUGAGAAAGAGUAUGCUGCGAAACUCCAAGCAUUGGCGAAGAAGGUGGUUGAGAAGAAGACGAGAAAGAUGGCCUCUGCCGUCUUAGGUGAUGAACCUACUAAGACAUGGAACGAAGACACCAUCAGUGAGAGUACACUGGAUCGGGCAUACUCGAAGAUCAUUGGCUCAAUCGUCGAAUCUGCGCAGGACCAUAUCAAUCUCGCAGAUGCGCUAAGUUCGCAGGUGGUUGAUCCCCUCAAGUCCCUUGAGCGAAAGCAUGAAGAAAACGUCAAGAAGCAAACCCAAUUCUAUGAGAAAGUGUUGAAUGACAGGAAUCGAGUGUAUAAUGAUCGGGCAAAAAGCAAGCAGAAGUAUGACGAAGAAUGUGUCGAGCUCGAAGCAUAUCGCCAGAAGCAGGAUCGCGCGCAGUAUGACAAGCAUGCAGACAGAGCAGCUAAGCAAUUCGAACAGCAACGUAUCGACAUGCUCAAUGCCAAAAACGUGUUUAUCAUAUCGACAACAGUGGCAAACAAGAUGAAGGAGAGAUUCUACGCUGAAGACUUACCUGCUAUCGAGAACCAAUACCAGAGGCUCCAAGAACACCUCGUUCAAAAGUACAUCAGCGUGCUACAUCACGCUCAGGCUCUCCAGAUCACCCACUACGACGUGCUCAAGACCCUGGUCACCGCUGCCGACACUGCACUAAGCGAGGUUGAUGCGCAAAGGGAUCAAGCAAUGUUCAUCGAUUAUAACAUUCGUCCCUUCUCCAUGCCCACCGACUGGGCGUUCGAACCUUGCGCGAGUCAUUAUGAUACAGGGGAGAUGAGCGUGGACGACGCACCGAAGGUUUUCCUUCAAAAUAAGCUGUCCAAGUGUCGAUCAAAACUCCAGGAGUUGGGGCCGCUUCUGGAUGGGAAGAAGAAGGAUGUUGAACAACUUAGCAAAUUGGUGUCUGCCUAUGCCACCAACGGAUCCUUGGGAAACAUCGAUGAAGUCAUUGAGAGCUAUCUGAACGCCGAACACCAAGCCACUCUCUACGCUACGUCCAAGACCAUCCUUGACGCAGAGAUAGAGACUGUCCAGGCUGCAUUAGCCGGUGACGAAGGCUCUCAACAGCCCCACUCGUUCAAAAGCUCCUCAUUCACCAUACCGACUGAAUGUGGCUAUUGCAAGUCUUCUAUCUGGGGUCUCAGCAAACAGGGGAAAACAUGCAGGCACUGUGGCAUAUCAGUGCACUCGAAGUGCGAGCUGAAGGUUCCUGCCGAAUGCUCUGGUACCCGUGAAGCGCGGCAUAGGUCAUCGGCUUCUGUGAGCAGCUUAUCUCGAACAGAUAGCGUUCUCUCGACGAGCUCCAGAUCCUCAAUCUCUAGUAAUGCUUCCAAAGCAGUGGCGCCGUCUGCAUCCUCAUUCGCCCAGACUAGUCUUGAUACUCACGCAGAGAAUCAUGCGAGGGCACGCGUGGUCUUCGAUUUCACACCUACAUCUGCAUUCGAGCUUGCGGUUCAUGAGGGUGCUCAGGUGGACGUACUUGAGGACGAUGAUGGAUCUGGGUGGGUCAAAGUCGCCGACAGCAAUGGUGGGAGAGGCUUGAUACCAGCGUCGUACAUUGAGGCAAUCGAUGAUACUGCGGGCGCCACAACGCCACGGUCUUCCACACCCACUGCAGUAACUCCGAAUCAAGGCUCCGGACAGUACGUCCGAGCUAUCUACGCCUACCAAUCCCAAGGUGAAGACGAGUUAGGUCUUCAGGAGGGAGACAGGAUCGAGCUUACCCCUGGGACAGCCGGUGGUCAGUAUUAUGCCGAAGGGUGGUGGGAAGGAAUCGACUCCAGGGGGACGAAGGGAAUAUUUCCAAGCAACUAUGUCACAUUGAUUUAGAGCACCGACGAUCGCUCACCACACAUCAUAUGCGGCGGACUUAUAAGUCAGAGUUUCUCCAGCUCUACCGUUCACUGGAUAAACAGUGUACGCCUUACGCUAGUAACGAUGAUUUGCUUGAAGUAUCGCAAAACAUAUGCUAUACAAAGAAUUUC